AUGGCCGACAAACAUGACGAAAAGGUAGUAGCUACCAGUGUACCCUCAACACCACCAAACGAAGCCGCGACAAAUACACACCAUGCGGAGCUUGAAAAAAGAGUGAUGCGAAAAAUCGACUUCUGGCUCGUUGGCUUCUACUCCGUAGUCUACAUCUUCCGAGUGAUUGACUCGAGCAACUAUUCCAACGCCGCAAUCAUCAAUCUGGAAGCCGGUACUGGAAUCAAGCAAGAGCUCGGAUUCAGCGCCUCCGAGUGGUCCUGGACACAAUCGAUUUUCUCAUACAGCUAUCUGUUCUUUGAGCCGACGAACACCAUCCUGCUCAAAUAUUUCAAGCCGUCUCGAUGGAUGUUUCUUUUGAUCCUCUCGUGGGGAGUCUGCGCAUGUGCAGCGGGAGCAGCACAAAACUUCGCGGGCAUGAUGUGUGUGCGCUUCGCCAUUGGCUUGGCUGAAGCGGGCUUUUAUCCUGCUGUUCUCUAUCAUAUGGCUUUUUGGUAUAAGCCCUCUGAGCUCCGCUGGCGAAUCGCGCUGUUCUAUUCGCUUGGCCAAGUAUCAGGAGCGCUGAGUGGAUUGCUAGCCUAUGCGAUCAGCUUUAUGGAUGGCGCAGGCGGACUUUCGGGCUGGAGGUGGCUGUUCAUUCUCGAAGGUCUGCCGGCUAUCUUGCUGUCUGUGAUCGCGUUGUUCGGAUUACCCGAUUAUCCCGAGACGGCGCGAAUGUUGACUGAAGAAGAGAGAGACUUUUUGAAGGGGCGACUUUCCAAGGCCUCGCCGUCGGGCGAGGAUAAAAGUUGGGACUGGGAUGGGAUCAAGGCUCUACUCAAGAGCCCGACACUUUAUACGUUCUCUCUCUAUUGGAUUGGACAUGGUAUUGGUGGAUUUGGUGUGAAUUAUGCUUUGCCGACAGUCAUCUACGAGCUGGGCUUUACUACGACCGCUCUGUCGCAGUUGAUGAACAUUCCUCCAUACGUUGCAUGCUUCUUCUUUUUGAACAUCCUCGGAUAUUUACUCCACAGAGGAUGGAUUAGGCCUUGGACCACUGCAGUUGCGAUUGAAAGCACAACAAUCAUCUGCUAUAUCAUCCUGAUCACGGUGAAAAACUCCGUCGUCAAAUAUCUCGCGUUGGUGGUCGCCACUGCUUGUGCCGGAUCUGCAUACCCGGUCAUUUGGCCAGAGCGUAUUCGCGCAUUGGAAGGUACUGUGGCCGUUGGCAUUGGAAUCGGAUAUACCAAUGCUUUGGCUCAAUUCAGUGGAAUCGCUGGACCUCACAUCUACAGCACGGUCUUUGGGCCGACAUAUCACGUUUCGUACAUCAUUUGUCUUUGUUUCCUCUGCGCGUCGAUCUCAGGUAUCCUGAGCUCAUGGCUUUUCGUUUGGAGGAAUGAUCGCAAGAACGAUUUAGUUGUGAGAUCCGAGAGCGAGGAAGAUGCGUGA